CCAUUCUUCUCGAGCCCGACCAUAUAAGUUCGCCGGCAACUCGUUUUGUCGACUCUCUCUCUCUCUCUCUACCUGUGCGACAGGAUCGUCGUUGUCGUCGUCAUCGUCAUCAGAGCCAAUCCAUCACCCGUGAAGAUCAAAUGGAGGACAACAAUGGCAGCAAGAUCGACCAGCUGGCGACGUGGCUCGGCGCCACCGUAGCCUCGGCCUUCUUCUCCUCCCUGGAGCGUUUCUCCUGUGUCAAUGUCUCCACCACCGACCUCGACGACGAGGAGGACGAGGCCAACGACCGCCCUCUCACCCUCGACCUCUCCAACUCCUCCGUCGUUGAUCCCACCGACGCCGCCAACCUCCCAGUCUGAUCAAUCGAUUCGCUUGCCCUGGGGUAUUCAUUCUCCGGGUAAGACAUUGCAAUUGAAAGAUCGUGGUCCUUAUGUUUGGAAGACGAGGCUUCUGUUCUGUCUAUAAUCAUGUUAUCUGUCUUGUUGAUGAUGAAGGGAUUUAUAUAAUUUGUGAUACUCAACAGAGUUUAUAUCUGUUAAAAAAAGUAUUAUUAAUGAAAUAAAAUUGCUAGACCUCAAUUUACUGCCU